AGACUUCGCAACCCAUAAGCAUUUGCUCGUGUCUCUCACUCUUCCUCUUCCUCUCUGAAAGCCAUGGCUACUCUGGCAGCUGCCGCAGCUCGACAAGCCGUCAAUUCACUCCGUCUGUCUUCGUCCAGAACCGCCGGUCAAGCAUCUACUCUAAUCCAGCGCCGCGGCCUCGCCGGCGCUGCAGAUCACCAUGGCCCGCCAAAGGUUAACUGCUGGUCCGACCCGAUGAGCCCAUCUAAAUGGAAGGAGGAGCAUUUCGUAAUUGCCUCUUUGUCUGGAUGGGGUCUGCUUAUCUUUAGUAGUUACAAGUUUUUCACCGGAGGCAAAGGCAAGAAGGAAGAGAAACUGGUGGAAGCAUCACACUGAGGUGUUUGGAGUCUUAAAUCUUCCCAGAACUUCUUGCUAAUAAUGAGUCUGCUUGGAUAUAAAAUGUCUCGACAUUUCAUUUUGUUUGUCUACAAAUGAUUUAUGAUCAGUCCAUGGAGAAUGAUGAUACAUUGAUUAAAGUUGAGUUAUUAGCUGUAUUGGGAGUGUGUCUCCUUCUUCAUUUGUGAACGCUUUUUGUAGUUAUUCCUAUGAUUCUGAUGCAUUGACCUUUUGUUUUUCAAUAAUGUAAUGACAUCUUUCCAAGUUCAAAAUC